GUCUCGUCCGCAACACCCAGCAGUGCUAUUAUUACUACUUUGAACCCACAAAAUGUUGUGGCCCCUUCUGUAAUUUCGUCUCAGUUUUCUGUGAAAACUGUGCCCACAGUCACGCUCGUUAGGGCGCCUAUGCAAACUUCCACUUCCAUCAGUUCUCACGGCGCAUGCGCAGCGCUGUCGCCCGGUCCUGCUGUCAACAAAGCAGACUCCACUAAAACUCAGACUGCUGCCCAAGUCGUGUCUUCAGCUGCUGCGACGACCACCAUGAGGAGUCCUGCUAUUUUGCAAAACUUGAGGACUUCUGUACCAGCAACAACCUCUCCUGGUGGAGUGAGAACCAUCGCUCCGCAGAUGUUGGCUGCUCGACUCACUCAGCCUCAGCAACACGCCACAAACAUCCAAAACAUUCAACUCCCCCCAGGCAUGGUGUUGGUCCGCAGUGAGAGUGGGCAGUUGCUGAUGAUUCACCAGCAUACCUUGGCUCAGAUGCAGUCACAAAGUGCCAUGACACCACGACCUACGGCUCCCACCAGCACUCCACCUGUGCAGAUCACAUCUCUACAGACUCCAGCUGCAUCAGUGUUGGCUCGCCCAGUUACGCCCACCACCAUUAUUAAACAAGGCUCCCCGGUCCAGACCACAGGCACAGCCACCACCACACUGCAGAGGCCCCCUGUGCUGCAGAAUACCAUCAUGCUGGGAGGAAAUGCCGCUGCUACCGGACAGCCACUAGGAACACCCAUUGCAGUUCAGCCUGCUGGAGCAGUCACGCAGAAGAUGGGGCCUGUGGUGACCACGAAAACACCUCCAACACCUGUCUCAGCUGAAACACUGGACAAUGUGAAAAAGUGUCGAAACUUUCUGUCCACACUCAUCAAGCUAGCAUCCAAUGAAACACAGUCAUCAGAAACCACAGCCAGCGUUAAAGAGCUGGUCAAGAAGCUGCUGGAAGCAAAGAUAGAGCCUGAGGAUUUCACCAGCAGGUUGUACCAGGAACUUAACUCUUCACCUCAGCCGUACCUUGUACCAUUUCUUAAGAGAAGUCUCCCAGCACUGCGCCAGAUGACCCCAGACCCUGAUGCCUUCAUCCAGCAAAGCCUGUUGCCUUCAUCAAGUGCUCAGCCUGCCGCAGCAGCAUCCACAGCUCUCACUGCUGUGGUGCUGCGCCCUCCGCUCUCCACCGCUGUUAACACAGCCACAAGCACUGCCUCAAGCAAAGCCACGGUUAUCACCCUCACUCAGACGCCCCACAAUAAACCUGGAAUGAUUGUGCCCCAGCACCAGGGCACCGUGGUGAGACAACAGGUCACUCUGGGCCCGGCUCCCAUGGUAACCGUCAGAGAUCAAACUCAUAGCCGGAUCAUUGUGGGUCAGCCACAGGUGGUCAAACAGCUAUCAGCAGGUUUAAGUUCAAAAGUUUCAGCGGUGAAGAUGUUGGCUCCAGGGGUGAGAGGUGUUCAAGUUCUCAGUCAGACCUCCACUGCUGAUGCUCAGAAGAGCAGGCUGAAGGAAGCUGGAAGCGGAACUUUCAAGGAUGAUGAUGAUAUCAAUGAUGUGGCCUCAAUGGCAGGUGUCAACUUAUCAGAGGAGAGUGCCCGUAUCUUGGCAACCAAUUCUGAGCUUGUUGGGAUUGUAACGCGUUCCUGUAAGGACGAAACCUUCCUCUCCACCUCCCCACUCACCCGGCUAACUCUGGAUAUUGGUAAGAAGUUUGGUGUCGGCGAGUUAGGCACAGAUGUGAUCAGCUACAUUUCACAUGCUACUCAACAACGGUUGCAGAACCUCUUGGAAAAGGUGUCGCAUGUGGCACAGCAGAAGAAUGUAACUUUCAAGGACGAUGAGCGGCAUGAGCAGGUCAGCAAUGUUCGAUCCCAGUUCAAGUUCCUCGAGCAGCUGGACCAGAUGGAGAAGCAAAGAAAAGAGGAGCAGGAGAGAGAGAUCCUCUUGAAAGCUGCCAAGUCUCGGUCGCGGCAAGAAGACCCUGAACAACUCCGACUGAAACAGAAGGCCAAAGAGAUGCAGCAGUUGGAGCUGGCUCAGAUCAGGCAGAGAGAAGCAAACCUGACAGCUCUGGCAGCAAUCGGCCCAAGGAAAAAACGGAAGAUGGACUCUCCUGUCAGGGGUGCAAGUGCAGAGGGCUCAGGGUCAGAGCCUGCGGGCUCUAGUGGUUCAGGCUCCAGACAGUUUACACGGCAGCGCGUCACAAGAGUCAACCUCCGGGACCUGCUCUUCUGUCUGGAGAAUGAAAAAGAGACCAGUCGCUCACAGCUGCUCUAUAAGGGCUUCCUCAAAUAGCACCUGGCCAAAAAUGACUAGUCUCACUCAGUGGCAUUAAGGAAAGAAUAGUUGACUGUCACCUUGAACCCUUGGUAACUGCAUUUUCCUUGAUUUCCUGAAUUAUUAGACGUUUCACUGUGGGAUGAGAAGGACUGAAACGCACAUGAAAUGUCAGCUUUUGAAAACUCCCUCAAGCACAGGCUUCUUUAGGCCUAGAGAUAUUGACUGUGACUUCAGCGUGCCUCCGUUUUCACCUCAGUUUGCUCUUCAGAGACCAGUUGCACCUGACCGCACUUGACUCGUGUAUCGCCUCACACUCCGCACUAGAAAACAUCUUCAAAGGAACGGAGCUUUUCAAAUUCGAAAACCUUCUCAGCGCAAUGAGAUCUGUGUUCUAGCAGUUAGUCUCUUUGGAGUGAUUACCAAACACUCUGUUUAUGAAGUCCAUGGAAAAGAUUUUAAUUUAUCACACAAAAUUGUAAUAUGUUUUAUCAGUAUCUAUGGAUUGUUUAAAGACUUGUUUUGUUAUCUGUUGCCUUCAUAACAAGUUAAGCCAUAUGCAUUUGAAUGUGUUAUCUUUCACUUCUUUCCAGAGUUGUAGGAUGAGGCCUUUAUUGUUUUGUAUUUUUGUUUCUCUUUUGAUUGAAUUUAAAAGAAUUGAUUAUUUACAAGUAAUGUGUUUUACUCUCACAGUGAUUUAUAGUGGGAUUCCUCUGUCAUUUGUCAUUUUUAUUCUGACUCUAGCACAUUAACUACAUAAACUAAAAUACUGUUAAUUUCUGUCAAUCUUUUCUUAAGCUUACUAUAAAAGAAGAGUAUUUUCUGUCAUAUUCUCAGCAGCCAGUACUUAUUCAGUGACAUCAUUGUAACAUUUAACAACAACUUAGUCACAGUGAGCCGCCUUCUGAGGACAACUUUUGCUACUAUAAGACUUUAUUUUCAAAGUCAACAUUUGUGUGAAGUGACACAAGUGCAUUGUCUAGAAUUUAGGAUCCAAAGUAUGGAUUCAGAUGUGUCUUAUCAGCGUUACCUGCAGUUACCCAUAAAAUGUAGAUUGUUAUCAUCAAAGUAUGUAAUGUCUAUUUAGUAAUGUUUGGCUAAAAUACUUAAUGGUCAGAAUGUCAGAGAGAUGGAUUGCCUUCUCACCAUUUUUUUUUUUACCGAGCCACCAUGGUACCAGGAACCUCAAAGCAAGAAAGUCCCAGGUUUGAAUCCCAGCAGGGGGCGUUGUGUGUGGAAGUUACAUGUUUUACCCAUGCUUUUGUGGGAUUUCUCUGGCUAUAACAGGCCACAUGUUGGUCUAAACGUGGCCCUGUGAUAGACUGGUGACCUUUCACCCAAACAUAGAUGCCAGCAGAACCCUGUGAACCCAAAUAGGAGUAAGCAGGUGAACAUAAUGGCUGGAUGGAUAUAAAAAGAAGAGUUAAUCUACAGAAGAAGAAAAAAAACUAUAGCUUGGAAAUAAGAAGACUUUUCAUAGCUUUCACAACAAAAACUGCUAAACCAAUGUAUUUUCUCCACACAAGUCAAUCGGUGUUGCACGUCAUUGUAUUUUUUUAUUUUUUUCCACGGUUUUUCAAAGAAUGCUUAUGGGCAAAUUUUAUUGCUGCAAAUACUGUUUACUAUUUGUAGAUUUGUCAUUUGAAGACUAUAAAUUACAAAAGUCAAAUUUUUCAUGUAUAUGUGACAAAUGAGACAAAAUAUGUUUUCAUGCCAAUAUCUUGUACAUUUUGCACAGACAUUUGUUUAUAUGUAAAUAUCUUUAAAAAAAACUGCUGUUUUAUAAACAAUUGAGAGUAUUAUCUCCAUUAAAAAACAAUCUAAUAACCUUGUCUUAAUGAUCUUUAUUUUUGUAGAACUGAUGUUGAAGAGCUGCCAUCAUGAUUCUUUGUCAACACAAUAAACAAUCUAAUAACCUUGUCUUUAUGAUCUUUAUUUUGGUAGAGCUGAUGUUGAAGAGCUGCCAUCAUGAUUUAUGUCAACACGAUAAACUGACAGAAGUUGCAAAGUACUUAUUUUUGUCGGAAAAAUAA